AUGUCCCCAUACCCCUGUCCCCACAAGGUCCCAGACACGAGGGUGAUGCAGCCCAACGAGCCACCGCUGCCUGAGCUGAAGCUCCGCAGACCCGUACAGCGGGGCAGGAUCCCGGCGCCCUUCAUGGACCCGGUACGUCACCGCACCGCUCCGCCAUCCCGUACUCGUGUCCCUGCCCUUCCCCUUUGCACCAGGCAGGCCCGGGGGAACCGUGCUGCUGCACAGGGCACGGCAGCAGGGCCGGCAGCACCCUGGAAAGACCCCCAUGGCACCACCGCAGUGGACCCUCUGGAUGUGGACGCCUUGGUGCCCACGCAUGACGAGCAGGGCCGUGCCAUCCCUGAGUGGAAGCGGCAGGUGAUGGUGCGGCGGCUGCGGGCACGGCUGGCGGAUGAGGUGCCCGUGUGUGAUCAGGUAGGGCCGGGCUGUGGGUGGGACACAGCUGGGUCCCGCGUGUCUCUGCAUCCUGAUGGCUUCCUGCCGCAGGAGCCGGGCGCCUGGCGUUUCUCACCGUCCCACGAGGCCGUGCUGGGCCCAUUUGGUGAGCUGCUGACCGAGGCUGACCUACAACAGCUGGAGAGGGCGGUGGAAAGCCUGCGGCUGCGGCGCCGAGGAGAGGCCUAUCAGGACGAGCUGCAGCGCCUGGCGCAAGAGCUGCGCACCUUGCUGCCCUCCCCCCUGCUCAGCAUCACCGUCCACAGCCCUCCUCCCGCCCCAGGGCAGCCCUUGCCGCUCUGGUGCGGCCGCCUGGCCGGUGUGGUAGGCAGCCUGGAAGCGCUGUUGGCCAAGGCCGAGGUGGCGCGUGGCAGCCCCGUGCCUGCCCCGCCGCCCGCACCGCUCCCUGCAGCCCCGCGGACGCCGUCGGGCAGCGUGGCACAGCGGGAGAUCCGGCAGUGCGGGGUGAGCGUGAGCAGCCUGCGCGGGGCCUUCGAGCGGCACGGCGGCGGGGAGAGCGAGACCGCAGCGGUGGUGGAGGCCGCCAGCGACUCGGGGAUCAGCUGCGAGGAAGCGCCGUCGGAAGGCAGCGGCUCACCGGUGCCCGAGUCAGCCGGCCUGCGCAAGGAGCGCAUCGUGCUGCUCUUCCUCAGCCAUUGGAAGCGCUCGGCCGGAGGCCUCAACGCUUGGGCUGCGGCGUGCCGGGCGCUGCAGGCUCAGAGGGAGAGAGCGGGCGCUCCGGGCGAGGAGCAGGCGGGCAGGAGGGGCCGCCUGUCGCGGCAGUGCAGCGCCAUCCAGCAGCUCCUGGGCAGCUGGAGGGACGUGGCCGCCUGCCCCCCGCCGCCGCUGCCCCCCGCUGCGGGCAGCCCUCGUGCCCCGCUGUCCCCCGAGCAGUUUGUGCGGCGCGCCGACGGGACGCCGGCCGACUACGACAGCCUGACGCUGGAGCUCUUCAUGCUGGGCUACUUCCGCAUCCUGGAGCGGGAGCUGCCCCCCGAGGAGCGCCGCGGCCGCCACCUGCUCUGCUUCGAGGUGUUCGACCACCUGGGCCGGCACGGCUGGGACACAGCGCGCGCCUUCCACCGCGCCGUCACCGACGAGAUCGCGGCCGGCCGGCGGGGCUGGGGGGACGGCUUCGAGGACAUCAAGGAGCGCUUCUUCGGCACCGCCAAGGGCACGGCCUGGAGAGCGGGGGGAGCGGGGGGCAGCCCCCCGCAGAGCGCAGCCCGCCGUGGCCGCAGCAGCCAGGAGGAGAUCUGCAGGUGCAUCGACCGCAGCUUCGCCUUCUGGAAGGAGAAGGAGGCCGAGAUCUUCAGCUUCGAGGAGUGA